AUGAGAAUGGUGAAAACGGGGAAAAGCGAUGGCUUCCGCUGUAAUUUUCCUCCUUUGGUCAGUUUUUCGCAAGGUUUGCGCCUCAGACAGAGUGAUAUGGUGGAGGAUGGCAUUGCAAGGAGCUCACCGACUCUGUCGAAGAUGGCUCAAACUAUCCGGGUGGUUUGCAAGCGUGCCAUGAAGGACUACACACGGCGCCAUGGCCAGGUGGUUGGAGACGGAGGAGAAUUUGCGGUCAUCGACGAAAGUUGUUUCCGUCAUAAACGCAAGUAUCACAGAGGAAGGGCAGCUGCUACAUGGCGACGGAGGAGGUGGGUCUUUGGGAUCUUGGGCGUAAGGAACCAGCAGAGACGUCCCAUCCUGCGCCUUGUGAGGAGAAGAGGGCGAGGGAAUCUGAUCCCCAUCGUGGUGAAGCACGUCCGUCCGGGAGCCACUGUGAUCAGCGAUGAAUGGGGGGCGUACAGAGGAGCGUUAGCUGGCCUGGGAUACACACAUUUCACCGUGAACCACUCACGAUGGUUUGUGGAUCCACAGACUGGGGCCCAUACGCAACAUGUGGAGAGGGCAUGGCUGCAGUUUAAGUCCACCGCUUGGAGGCUCAGGGGUAACCAGACGGAGGCAAUCCUGAAGGAGCAUCUCUCCCUAAUAGAAUGGACAUACUGGCUGGGAAAUGGGCAUCGUAAUGGUCCCCUAGGAAGACUACUGAAAGACAUUCGGCGCCACUAUAGGGUGUAGUGUGUUCUCUCUUUCUUUCUUUCUCUCUC